AUGGAGUCCACCGCCAUCCGCGGGUCCCUAUGGGUGUUGGGCAAGGCGCUCAGCCCGCUGUCCGGCGGCCUGGUCGAGGCGUGGGCGGCCACCUCGGGGCUUGGCCCCAACAUCGAGGCACUCAAGACGGAGCUCCUCUACGCGCAGGCCAUGCUCGACAACGCCCGCGGCAGGGAGCUCCGCAGCCACGCGCUGGCCGAGCUGCUGCAGAAACUGCGGGCCCUGGCGUACGGCGCCGACGACGUGCUUGACGAGCUCGACUACUUUCGCAUCCAGGACGAGCUCGACGGCACCUUCGAGUCCGUCGACCACGACGACCGCGGGUGCGUCCAUAACCUUGUCCGCGAUGCUCGGCACACCGCCAAAGCUGCCACCAAGCUGCUUGGCUGUGGCUCGUGCUCCUCUCCUGCAGGUGACACUUACAAGCCUGAUGAGUCGUGCAUUUGCGUACGCCGGCUCGCUUCCCGUACUCGUACCACCGUCCACGACUUCGGUAAACGACUCCUCUGCUCUUCUUCUCUAUCUGUUCCUGAAGAUGAUGAUGGUAAGCAUGCCCCUAGAGUGCCAAAGUUGAAAUUUGAUAGGGUGGACGUCUCUGCCAGAAUGAAAUGCAUCGCGGACGAACUAAAGCCCCUGUGUGCUAAGGUCUCCACCAUUCUUGGCCUAGAACUGUCGGGCUCUGUCAUUACCGAGCUACGGUUAGUGCGUUCUAGUGGUAUUGGCAAUGUUGCCUCUACAAGUAGGCCCAUAACCACCUCACAAGCUUUAGAGCCUACGUUGUAUGGGAGGGAACCCCAGAAGAACACCAUUGUUGAGCAUAUUACAAAGGAUGAAUACAUUCAUGAAGCACUCACGGUUAUUCCUAUAGUGGGUCCUGGGGGCAUAGGAAAAACAACUCUAACUCAGUACGUUGUAAAAGAAGUGCAAGAUCAUUUCGAAAUAAGAGUCUGGGUGUGUGUAUCUACCGACUUUAGUGUGUAUAAGCUGACACAAGAGAUCGUGCGCUCCAUCCCUAAAGCUAAGACGAACAAAAUGACAAAGCAGAUAAUCAGGUACAAAACUUGGACCAACUUCAGAAAUUAA